AUGCCAAAAACAAUUUUACAGCUGUCGAUAUUGGAACACCAAGACGAUUUUCCUGAUGAUGCAUCAACUGAUAGUUAUAAUGGGCUUAUCCCAUACUUUAUUGUAGCAGAUGGAGCAUUCAUGAUGUUACCAAAUGUAAUAAGACCCUAUCCUGGCCGAUCAAAGGCAAAUUUGCCUAUUGAUCAAGCAGUUUUUAACUAUAGACAAAAUAAAAUGUUAAGCAGAACUUGUAGAUGCAUAGAAAAUACUUUUGGUAUAAUGGCCUCUAAAUGGCUUAUAUUUCGACAACCAAUAAUAGCUACUGAAGAAACGGUUAAUGCUAUUGUACAAGCUUCUGUUGUGCUUCAUAAUUAUGUUAAAAAUAUGAAAGUAGAAAAGGUUAAUGAAUAA